UAAGCCGAUUAUCCUAACGCAUAUCUCCAUUUUGAGUAUCUCUCUUAUUAGCUGUUCUCUGACAGUAGUCGUUUGCGUUACUACACACCAGCUGAAUAAACAAGCUAAAGUAAUUCGUUUAAAAUGCCUGAAAGAUUUUAUAACUACAGAGAGGAGAAUAGUGAUGAUCCUCAAGCAGAAAAAUUCCGCAAAUUGUUUAUUGGCGGUCUUAACUAUGAGACGACGGAAGAAGUUAUUAAACAGCACUUCGAACAAUGGGGCGAAAUCGUUGACUGUGUCGUAAUGAAAAACCCAAGCACGAAAAGAUCUCGUGGAUUCGGUUUCAUUACUUACAAAUGCGCCGAAAUGUUAGAUGAUGCACAGAAGAACCGACCUCACAAAAUUGAUAAUCGUGAUUUGGAUACAAAAAGAGCCAUGCCUCGUAAUGAAUCGGACGAAACACAAACAUCAGUGAAGAAAAUGUUCGUCGGCGGAUUGAAGGAGGAAACUUCUGAAGACGAUAUUCGGGAUACUUUCGGUGGUUUCGGCAAAAUCGAAAAACUGGAAAUGAUUAAAGAUAAAGCAACCGGCAAACAAAGAGGAUUCUGUUUUAUCACCUAUGAGGACUUCGACUCUGUAGACAAGGUUGUUCUUAAACGUCGCAUCUCGCUCAACGGGAAAAUGGUGGAAGUGAAAAAAGCUGUCUCCAAGGAUCGUGAAGGUGGAAUGGGCAUCGGCGGCGGCCGUGGAGGAAGAGGUGGCGGUGGUAUGCGUGGUGGAAUGGGUGGAGGACGCGGAGGCUUCGGUGGUGCAAACGGCAGCGGUUACAACGACAACUAUGGAUACCAUUGUAACAUGGGCUAUCAAGGCAACGCUGGAGGACCCCAGGGCUACGGCGGUAAUGGUCCACAAGGCUACGGCGGAGGUAAUCAGGGCGGCUAUGGAGGCGGAGGCUACGGUGGCAGCAUGGGUGGUGGCCGCUACGGCGGCGGUGACUUCAAUGAUGGCUACAACAACUUCGGAACUGGUUACAGUUACGGAAAUGGCGGCGGACCAACUCGUGGUGGUGGUGGUGGUGGUUUCAACAGAGGUAGCGGCCCUUAUGGUAGUGGCUACGGUAGUGGCAGCAACUAUCGGCGGUAAUUUGCUUUUCUAAACGAACACAACCUUCAUCACCAGCAAUAUCACAUAAGCCUCUCCCACCAGAGGAAAAAUAUAGAGAAAAUCAAAUUCCACAUCUUCCAUCAUCAAUAGCAACAUCCAACAGCAGCCAAGCCAUCUCCUUCAUCCACCUACAUCUGUAACACAAAGCUGCAACACAUCGGGACUUCUACGGCCAGGGGUCAAGGAGUAGCCAGUGGUGAGUAACUUGGACUUUAAACAAAAGGCAGUGCUUUGGUGAUGGUCAGUUUCGCCCCCUUUUACAUCUUAUUUACAAUUUCUAAUUUAAUUACUGAAGAAAAGGAAAUGAGCCAACCAACUUACGUGUUUUAAUUGUCUAUUCUUUUAUGACCUGAUCCAGCCACUGUCUUAUAGUUGAUUCUCCAGGAAAAUUACUACUAGAAGCUACUAAGUGUAGAAAGUGAGGGCCACUCCAAUGAAAUACUGUUGCAGCAGCCAUUUAUCUUCGGCUACCCCCAGCAAACUUGCUGGUUGAGAUGUAUCUUGUAAAUAAAAAAAUUUACAAACUUGAACUAGAUUUCAUCAUUUUGUCUAGACAAAUUGUCGGUUAGUUUUUUUUUUUUAUAGUAUUAUCAUUUCCUGUUUGGUCUUUUUCCAUGUUAGUCAAGAUAGUUUAAGAGCCUCAACAGUAUUUCAGUUGCCGCCACUUGGUUAUUAAAUUUCACUCAUCCUCUUACCUUCACUUUGCUUAAUCCCUACCACCUCGUUUAAACCUCCACUUUUCUUUUCCCCCAACCUCCGACCUUUUCACUAGACUCACCCACCAUAUACAGUUGACGUGUUUUGUUAAUGUCUAGUAUCUUGCUUGGUCGGCAUGUCGCUAAUUCUGUGUCUGUUAUAUAUGUAUAGUAUGUGUGUAUAAUUAUAUGUAUGAGUGAAUUUGUAUAUAUCUUCAUAACUGCUAAACUUUUCGCUAAAUUAGUUGCUGGUCAACCAUCUGUAUUUGUAAUCAACAAUCACAGCAGAACUUUGACCUGCUGGUCACCACGUGAACUAUGAUGUAGUCAUACACCUAGCCUCAAGCAGAUUUACUGUUUUAAGUAACUUAGUGUCAUGUUUAGUUUCGUGUUAGGUAAGUAUUUCUAGAAUUAACUCGAUUUAGAUUUUCUUGCUUCCACUUUCUGCAUGAGCUUCUGUAAUUUUUUUUUUACACAUGGCCCUAUCACCGUCUGUUUUAACUUUCGUUCCAUCCCUAGUUUUCACAUUAUUCUCAGCUGAUCAUGACCAUGAAAAUUACCGUUCUUUCUCCUGAUCCCCCACCCAGCCCCUUUUCAUGUGUGGUAAGGUCGGUGCUGAAAGGGAUGAGUUCUGUACUGUUUGCAUGCCAGGUGGGUGUGCUGGGGGAAUUUUAAUUUUGCUUUCUUCCCGGUUGCUGCAUCUUAGUGUAAGCCACCCUUGUAGGUAGGUAAGUCAGUCGGCAGUCAGUCAUCUUGUUUAUACUACUACUACUACUACUACUACAACAACAACCAUUACCAACACUACUACUGUUGUCAUUUCACCCAGUACCAGUCUACUUUUCAGGUCAAUAUGGCAUAAGUAUUGUUUGAUAGAUAAGAUGAGCUUAUUUGCAGUUGUCAGCAGUACAUUUAGUGCCUUUCGCUACUCUAAGUAUGUCUGGGGAAUUGAGGUAAGUGACUAUAUACUAAUUAGGUGUGAAUUUGUCUGUAAUAUAAUAAGUCUUGGGUGGUUCAAUUUAACCUAAUUAAUGGUAAUGUAUGGAUGACUUACUUAUUCUUUAUCUGAUAUAUUGUAUAUUCUAAAGGCAUUAGGCCUCCACUAUAAUAUAAAAAGAAAUUGGUAGUACUAACAUAAAUGUACGAUUUAAUGUCAGUUUAAAACAUUUUAGAAACUUGAGCAAUGGUUUAAUAUAAACAUCUACAUAAGACUUAGUGUUAUUUAACUAUUAUUUAACAAACAGUUCAGUGUCUUAAAUGACUUUAAAUGUAUUAAACCUGCUUUAUUUUCAGCUCUUUGAACUAGAACUUGCUAAUUUAGCUGGUCUUAAGAUUUCAGGAUUAGCCCUUAGCAGUUUAUACGAGGCAUAUGCGAUGCUAGUUGUCACUACUACCUCUACCUAUCCUACUACUACUACUACUGAACAGCAUGGAAGCUAGGUGACUAUGAGGAAGAUCAAGUAAAGGUUGACACUAUCAACUUGAAACUAGUUUCAAUCUAUGUGAACUGCAUCAGGGAAAUGGUGAUUGAUAGGUGAGAGCAAUGAGAACAGCCAUUGGGAAUACAACUGAGCUUACUGCUCAGUAGGAGUUGGUUUUGUAGCAAGAUGCAGUCUUAGUGACCAAGUGGAUUGGCUUCCUUGAUGACUGAAGGUGCAGUUUGGACUCUCCGAGAAAGUACUGCAAAUUUAAAGGUGUAAGCUUAGGUCAAGCUAAGUAAUAAGGUGCAGUAGAUGAUCCCAAGAUUUCUACCAGAUAUCCAGUCGGGGAGUCCACAAGCGGCUAUUAGCCUCUUUUCAGAACUUUUUAUCUAAAUGAUUUUAAUAAAGAUUUAUUUAAUAAU